ACUCAGCAUUUUUUAAAUCCCACAAACAAACCCAAAGCACCAAUGGGGACAUUUAAACCAGAGAGGAAACAAAAUCCUCUCGCAGAGAAUCACGGGAAAUGUAGUUUUAUGUCUAACGUCUACUGCCUUCUAAUGAGGACCUCUAGGAGACAUUAAACGUCAACUCCCGACAGCCAUCGAUGGGAUUGCGCAUGCGCACUGAUCCGCGUUUGCUUGGCCGGUUAUACGGAUCCACUGGAGAAAAUCCGGAGGCACUAAAGAGAAAAGUCAGCGGUCCGAGUUUAAAUCUGAGCUAAUCGGCUAGUUUGUGUACGUUUAUCGGCGUGUUAUUCAGCGUCACGGGCGUGUUAAAGCGCGUCGUUUACCUCAGGGGGCCGUUUAGACAAAUAACGCCAAGUCAGAGGUGAGAAAAGUGAAGUUUAUUGUUAGUGCUGCGGCGUGUUGUGUGUCUGUGCGUGAGACAGGACGUGAGGCAGACAGCACGUGUGUCAGGACGUGAGGCAGACAGCACGUGUGUCAGGUCGUGAGACAGACAGGACGUGAGGCAGGUAGUGAGACAGACAGGACGUGAGACAGGUAGUGAGACAGACAGGACGUGAGACAGGUAGUGAGACAGACAGCACGUGUGUCAGGACGUGAGACAGGUAGUGAGACAGACAGGACGUUUGAACAGUGGUAUUUGUUGUGAACUCGCCGUCAUGGCGUGUGGAGCCACACUAAAGCGUUCCCUGGAGUUUGACCCGGUGAUGAAACAGAACUCCCCCAAACGGAGGCGCUGUGCCCCGCUGUCUCCCUCUUCCUCCUCCUCCUCCUCCUCCUCCCCGCGGAAGUACCUACGCCUGGAGCCGUCACCCUUCAGCAGGAUGAACAGCACACCUACACCAGAACAAAUUCUGCACAACAUUAAACAAGAAUAUAAACGGAUGAAGAGAAGACACCUGGACAACAGUUUAACAGAGUCCACUAAUGACUCUCAGCCCAGCACAUCUAUCACUAGUGUGUGUGUGGGCUCCUUGUCCCCCUCUAAAAAGGAACAGCCGUUGUUCAGCCUUAAGCAGGUGGGUUUGAUCUGUGAGCGUCUGCUGAAGGAGCAAGAGGAGAAAGUUCGAGAGGAGUUUGAGGAAACUCUCACUGCUAAACUUGCAGAACAGUACGACAUGUUUGUGAAGUUCACUCAUGAUCAGCUCAUGCGCAGGUUUGGAGAGCAGCCAGCCAGCUAUGUGUCAUGAGUGUGUGUGAGAUCAUGUGUGUUUUCAGCGUGAGCUCCACCGAUGCUGCUCCAUGUUGUCAGGCCCUGCGUUUCCUGUCAUCUUCAGAUUCCACGUCGGUGUAACAGAUUCAGAGCUGCCUACAGUGACGGUGCACUCUACAGCUGUGUGUGUAUGCUUGUGCAUGCACGCGUGUGUGUGUGUGCGCACGAGUGUGUGUGUGUGUGUGUGCGUGUGUGUUCCUUCAAUAAUACAGAGGCUGUGAUUUUCAUUUCCUCAUCAUAUUUAUUACACCCUCCUUUCUUUUGAUGCCUUUUAAGUCAUCUGUCAUACAGUAAUUUGUGAGCUAGAGAUUAUUCUGUUUUUCAGUGAACACUUUGUAAAAUACUUUCACAUGUACAAAUCAUUCAUAUAUUUUGAUCGAAGUUUUUUUUUAAAUUGUUUUUAUUUUUUCUGAUUUGUAUUUUUUCUCCUCUUGCUCAGUGCAUAAUGGUUUUAUAGACAGUGUACUUUAACACUUGACAUACAAAUAAACCGUUUUUAAAAACUUUCA